AGCCACGUGAGAAGGCAGAUCACCAUUGUUUUCCGGAGUCUUCACUCCCUCUUCAGUCUUCACCCCCACCGUUCUUCGAAACUUCCUGAAUGUCAGCUGAAGUCAUUCGGAUAAAUGAUAAAGUAUUGAAAACUACUCCUGGGAAUUGUUUAUAAAAGGCAAGCCGUGCGCAUACGGAAGAUGAGAAUUGCCUCCGACAGAGCUGAGUGCCCCUUUCAGUUCUCUCAUCACUUUCGGUUUCACAGCUGAUAAUUAUUUGUUAUUUCUCAGGUAAACGUGCUUGUUUCUCGCUGAGAAUUCGACAGAUAUCUGAGGUGCUUCAACUAUAAACUUUUUCUUUUCCUUUUCCUUUUAUCAUUUGCUUGUUCACAUCUAUGUUAUAGAUAUAUACUGGUCUUUGAUCUGGUUUGGGUAGUUUCAUGUUUAUUUGGUCUGGUAUUCGAUUUCUUGGUUUGAUACUAUAAAUAGCCAUGGAUCCUACGUUUUCUGGGUUGCCUGAUUUCAUAAACAAUGUCUUGGUUGAUGAUGACCCUGCCUUUUCACCCAAUUCCAAUCAAUACCCAGAUCUUUUAAACGAGUACACAUUCAAUUUACCCUCCCCUGAUUUUAGCUUCCUUGAAAAUUCUCUGCUUUCACCUGACCUGGGUCACACUGAUUUCGCGCCGCCGAUAACUGUGGACCCAGCAGCAGAGCCAUAUGCUCCGUCCGCUGGCGAUAGCAUGAGCACACCGUCUGUGGGUACGAGUCCAGAGUUAUACUCGUCCUCGGACGACAGUGAGUUCUCGGAAACGGUUCUCAAGUACAUAGGCCAGAUACUUACGGAAGAUAACAUAGAGGAUAAGCCCUGCCUGUUUUACGACCCUUUGGGUCUCCAAGUCACCGAGAAAUCGUUCUAUGAUGCUCUCGGUCAGAAAUACCCUCCUUCCCCCAAUCUACACCAAGAAGAACCAACUUAUACGAAUCUCAACUUGGGGAGCCCUGGUGAUGUUUUUUCUGCAAGCAGUGGUGGUGAUUAUGGUACUAAUAGUAGUUCUAGCGCUAGCAAUAGCAUUGAUCCUCAGUGGGUCAGUGAUGUUGGGGAGUACAAGUCGUCUUUUUCCCAAGUUGUUGUUCCUGGUGACUAUGUUUUCCAGCCCAAUUUGCAGCCCGCCAAUGGAUCACAGUUUUUAGCCAAUCAGUCGAACAGUGUGACUAACGUCGGUGAUGACAUGGAGCUUUUGGCUCAGAACAUUUUUAGUGAUAGUGAAUCUGUGUUGCAAUUUAGGAGAGGGUUAGAGGAAGCUAGUAAGUUCCUUCCCAGGGGUAAUCAGUUGGUUGUUGAUUUGGGGACUAGCACGGUGUCACCUGAGUUGAAGGGAGAGGAUCAAAAGGUGGAACUCAUGGGAGAGAAGGGUGAGAGAGAGAAUUUUCCAGAUGGGUUGAGGGGAAGGAAGAAUCAUGAGAGGGAAGAUGAAGAUGUAGAAGAAGGGAGGAGUAAUAAGCAGUCUGCGGUUUAUGUGGAAGAGACUGAAUUAACAGAACUGUUUGAUAAGGUGUUGCUUUCCACUGAAGCACUUUCUAUGCUAUGCGGUAACAAUAACAAUGAAGCAAGCAAGGCCUCACAGCCAAGUGGGCAGCCGCAAGGAGCUAAUGGUGGGAAGAGUCGUUCUAAGAAACAGGGGAAAAAGAAGGAAACGGUUGAUUUAAGGACUCUUUUGAUUCUAUGUGCACAAGCUGUCUCGGCAGGUGAGAAUAGAACUGCAAAUGAGUUACUGAAGCAGAUUAGGCAGCACUCUUCCCCUUAUGGUGAUGGAUCUCAGAGGUUGGCCCAUUUCUUUGCCAAUGGCCUCGAGGCACGCUUGGCUGGCACUGGAACCGGAACUAAAAUGUUUUACGGUUCCUUACUUUCCCAUGGGAUCUCAGUUACUGAAAUAUUGAAAUCUUACAAAGUUAAUCUUUCAUCCUCCCCUUUCAAGAGGAUGUCGCUAUUCUUUGCUACCAAAAUGAUUCUUAAAGUAGCAGAGAAAGCAACAAGUCUUCAUAUUAUAGACUUUGGUAUCGGAUACGGUUUCCAUUGGCCACUUCUGAUCCAUAAGCUCUCAAAAAGAGAUGGAGGACCUCCCAAGCUACGUAUUACAGGGAUAGAGUUUCCCCAACCCGGGUUCCGUCCUACAGAGCAUAUUGAGGAGACUGGUCAUCGUUUGGCUAAGUAUUGUGAGCGGUUUAAUGUUCCAUUUGAGUACCAUGCUCUAGCAUCACAGAACUGGGGGACUAUCCAAAUUGAGGAGCUCAAGAUUGAUAGGAAUGAGAUGAUUGCUGUGAACUGUAUGUACCGGUUUAAGAACCUACAUGAUGAGACAGUUGAAGAAACCAAUCCCCGGAAUGCGGUUUUGAAUUUAAUCAGGAGGAUGAAUCCCAAUAUUUUUGUCCAUUCUAUUGUUAAUGGAGCCUACAAUGCCCCCUUCUUUGUCACACGGUUCCGAGAAGCACUCUACCACUUCUCUACAUUGUAUGAUAUAUUUGAUGUUACUUUACCCCGUGAGAACCAACAGAGGUUGUUGUUUGAGAGAGAGUUCCUUGGGAGGGAGGCUAUGAAUGUUUUAGCAUGUGAGGGCCUAGAGAGGGUUGAGAGGCCUGAGAGUUGCAAGCAAUGGCAGCUCCGGACUAUAAGGGCUGGUUUCAGGCUGCUCCCAUUGGAUCAAGAGCUGAUGACCAUAUUCAGGUCUAAGAUGAAGGAAUGGUACCACAAGGAUUUUGUACUUGAUGAAGACAACCACUGGAUGCUUCAGGGAUGGAAGGGCCGUAUUGUCUAUGCUUCCUCUUGUUGGGUGCCGAAUUAGGAUCCUUGUGCAGGAUGUUUGUGAAAACCUAUAAUUGAGGGCGUCGCCGGGAAGGAUACCUUAGGGAUCUCAAUUCUGUGGGUAUCAUGCUCCAGAUUGCGAAGGUAAAGCGGCCUUUUUUGGGAAGAAGCAUAGGGAAUUUUCUUGAUUAUAUUCACUCACUCGUCAUCAGAUGUUUGUUACAUUAUCUUGACUCUUCCAUGUGGAUGAUGGUUGAAGACUUGUUGAUCAUGUAAAUGUAGAUGGUGGUAGAAUUAUGAAUAGGAUAAAGACUUGGAAUAAACUGCAAAGCCUGUCUACUGACUUGCUUGUUGGGACUUUUGUAGUAAAAUCUGUUUGUUUCUUAGAUGGUAAGGAGGGUUCUGCCCUUCUUCUUUGUACAUUUUUCAAUGAGCAGGAACUUGUAUGUUUGUUUUAUCAGAUGUACUAAAAGAUGGAAAAAUUUCAGAAUUUCGUGAUAUUGCUCUUC